CCACAACUUACCCGUCCCCGUGUAUGGAGUACUUGUAGAGCUUUCUAAAUUGUAUGAUUUAGGUUAUUUUUCUAAUCGUGUAUAAUUACGGUUUAUUUACGUAAGUAUCGGUAAAAGAUACAGCGCGCCGGUUGUCGGGGCUCUCGCUCUGCUGCUCAGAGAGCUUCGCGCAUCUUGUGCAAAAAAGAUCACUAUUUUUGGAGACGUGAGCAAAUUGAAUCUUCUGGCAGGUGAGCUGUUGAUUCCUAGCAGCUAGUAUUCAGAUUCAGUUUGAUUGUUUUGACAACGCAAGAAAAAUGAUGCGUGUCCAUUUUGGAGAUUUCCCCACAUCACCGGGAAAUGUGACACGCUGAAAAGAAGUUUUGGUUUGUUGCGUAAGUAUUCAUCUGCGCGGAUGAUAAAAAAAGACUAUUUCUUAAAGAUACCCAUACCCCAUACCCAUAAAAACCUAUCCCCAGCUCGGCUAGUCGUCCUCAGAAACAUGUCCUAUGGUUAGCUUAAAAAAGAGAGUAGCUUAGUAGUUAGAAGCUGACUAUAGAGGUGUCCUCCUCCUCCUCCUCUUCAUGAUUGAAGUGAAGAUACAAAGCAUCUUCAUAAAGGCCUGCUAUGUGUUCUUACCUUUGAGCGUGAACGAGCCACGAGGUCGUUUUUAUUGGAGCGAUAUCGAGUUGGGGCGAAGGCUCCUUAUUGCUGGAAGAUGAUCAGUAGUAGGAGCGACCACGACCUGGCUACGGUCUCGUCCAGGCGUUGAGCUUGGCCAGUUUGGAUCGGAAAAUAAAAACCGCUCUAGAAGUAUUCGGUCAGAGUGUCGCGACCCAAAUCUGAAGUGCCUAGAUCUGUUCUAGAGAUUGAUCCAGUAGACAUUCGGUGACGAAGAUGAUGAGUACUCAAACGCAAACCAAUGGUCGGAUAUAGAUGCUGAGAGGAUGGCAAAAAAAAUGCUGAGAGAUACCAAGAAAGGCACAGGAGGACGUCUAUUUCUUUGACUCGCUAAUUAAUUUAUGGCGCUCACGAUCAACAUCAAUGCAGCAUACUGGGAAACCUCGCCGGCAGUGCAUUUAUUUCAGAAGCGGGAAGCUAGAGCAAGAGCUUCAACUUUAACUUUUCCGAGGCAUUUAGAAUGUUGUUGGGUUUUUCCCAGAGGUAGUGAAGAAAAAAUCAAAAACACGAUCAUGACCCAAACAACGAUUCUAGCAGAGCAUCGGUACUAUGCAGACGAAGAUCCUUUCUUGUUGGGGCGGGGUGGAGAAAAGCAAAAGCAUCAAAACCACGAUGGCUCGAAGAACCGCGAUGGCUCGAAGAAUUCCAAAUCUUGUCAUGCAGGAGGAUCUGAAGUUGAUGACACCCUCCUGCAACAAUCCGAACAUUUGAACCCGUCUCCUCGCAGUUCUCCCUGUCUCCCACUCUGGGCCAUAGUUCUCAUCGCGUUUCUUACGACGGCCGGAGUCUUCAUUGUCGCGGUUAAUAAAAACCACGCGCGGUCUACUUCCAGUGGUACAGAGGGGAACAACGUGGCCCCCACUCCGCCUCCAACUGCCGGAGGAGGCAACGACGGGGUGGGAGGCAGCAGCGUUGGCACCAGCGGCGGAGGCGCUUUCACUGAAAGAGCCUCCGCAACCACCCUGACACAGAUCAACGCUACCAGGUAUUACGGGUACCGGGAGCGCACGAAUGGGCAAACUGUCAGGCAGAUAGUCGCGAACCUCCGCGGCAUUUUGAGUGCAAACACGACUGCAGCAGGCCAUCAAAGUCAAAGCAACCCGCGGCCGGCUAGCGUUGUGUACCUUGCGGGCGACUCUUGGGUGGAUGGCUCGCGUUUUUUGGAAACGCGAGGAUGGAUGUCCAAACAACGCUGUUUGGAUGGACUCUUUCCAAAAAACGCGGAUGGCUCGCGCUUCCAAAAAACGGGGACCAAGUCCAUCCAUCCAGACAGAUGGAUGGUUGGUUGGGCUUGUUUCCAAAAAACGGGGACUGGAUGGAUGGAUGGUUGGGCUUGUUUCCAAAAAACGGGGAAGGAUUGGACUGGAUGGCUCGCGCUGUUUGGAUGGAUGGACUCUUGGAUGGAUGGAUGGCUCGCGUUUUUUUUAGAAAAUGAUUCGUCAUGUUGGUGUGUGAGAUGCAUGCUGUUGGUGUGUGAGAUGUGUAGAUUUAAUGCAUGCGCGUCAUGUUGGUGUGUGAGAGUUUCAAAAUCGAGUGAUGCGCGGACUGAUUGUUCUUGUUCCGAGCACUUCAGGGAUGUCCUGGGCAUGCUAGAGGAGCUUGGCACACUUGCAGGAGUAAAUCGCGCUGACUGA